GGUAUGUUGUAGUUGGUUUUUUACUGUGUUUGUUUUCUUGGUAGGUAGACCCUACAUUAAAUAGCAUGUUCUAGUAUAUAACUAAAUUUUGACCAAGUUGUGGAUUGAGUCCUUUCUGCGUAACAACGUCCACUUGUCCUUUUAAGCCACUGUGAAAUAGAAACAUUAAACCACAGAGUACUUUCAAAGAAAAUGUCAAUGUUCAAUGUCAAUGACAUGACAGCUAGGCUUGCAUCACGUCUCCAUCAACUAGUGUUAUUUUCUCUAUGGCUUGCAUUUGGGUCAUUUUGGGUAUUUGGAUGUGUUUUGGUCAAAAACCGAAAAAUAUUCUUAACUAUUAGCACCCUCAAAGCUAAUAAAUGCUAAUUUUACCGAUAGUCUGGUGAAUAAAGUGUUUCGCACUGCAUUGGUUGUACAAAACCACACUAUAAGAUGGAGGAUGGCAUGGACAUAGAGGAACAUGAUCUGUUGAACAACCCUACUGUGAGGAGCAUGUUUCCAGAUCUUGCCAUUCUCAAACAAGAAAUUAUUGAUUUUGAUACAAGUGAAGGUGUAGCACCAGAAACAUUUACAACGUCGCCGGAAGUAUCAAAGAUAAAUGAAAACAAAAAUCAACUACACAAUUUACCGGUCUACAGUGGGGAUCACCCUACGGAGUGCUCCACUCAAGACCUGGAUGUGAAACCUGACCACCUGUGUACUGACAUGGAUGGCACAAUAACUGUCAAGGGCAACAGUUUGACAGAAUUUGAUGAAGUUGAAACUGAAAUCAAGAAGGAAUCAGAGAAUGUUGUACCAAAUGAAUUGCCAUUUUACAGAAACAGAAUUAUACUCGGCAAGAUACAAGUAGAUGAGUCUGACGAAGAACGAGAAAUUCAUGCACCAGCUGACUGUAAUAAUGUUGUAAACAACAAAACAAACAAUGAUCAAGAUUUGGCAGUGUCAAUAUACACUGAUGAAAAUAGAAGCAUGAGGAUAACUAAACAGUAUUAUGAAAAAAUUGAAAAAUGUUUGCGAGCGAAAAUUAUUUUAACAAACUGUUAUACAACUCUAUUGAACAACAACUGUUACUGUGCUCAGUGUGCAGUGUUGUUCCCCACCACUGAAGCGUGUAGUGAACAUUACACAAGCACACACACCGAGACCACUAACUCAACUAAAGCCUUGGCUCCUCUUGUGAAACGUAAACAAAUCAUAUACCCACGUGAGAAAGCAUUUGUGUGUGACUCCUGCACGAAAACAUUCAGCAAAAAAACCAGCUUGAUAAAGCACAUUUUAAUUCACACUGGCGAAAAGCCAUUCGAGAGUGACAUUUGCAAGAAAACAUCGAGGCAUCGGACUGCAAUGAAAAGACACAAGUUACUUCACACUGGGGAAAAGCCCAUCCAGUGUGACAUUUGCGCGAAAACAUUUAAAUUUCGAAGUUAUUUGGAGCGACACAAGUUAAUACACACUGGGAAAAAGCCAUUCCAGUGUGACAUUUGCACGAAAUCAUUUAACCAAAUAUACAAUUUGAAGACCCACAAGUUAAAUCACACGGGCGAAAAGCCAUUCGAGUGUGACAUUUGCAUGAAAACAUUUAAACGAAGAAGUCAUUUGAAGAGCCACAGCUUACGACACACUGAAGAAAAACCAUUCCAUUGUGAAACUUGCAAGAAAACAUUCAAAUAUGUAUUGUCUUUAAAACUACACAAAUUAACUCACAAUGGCGAAAAGCCUUUUAAGUGUGAAAAUUGCACGAAAACAUUUAACGAAAAAAGUAAAUUAAAGAGACACAAGUUACUUCACACUGGGGAAAAGCCCUUCCAGUGUGACAUUUGUACGAAAACCUUUAGAGGAAGAAGUCAUUUGACAAGCCACAAGUUAAUUCACACUGGAGAAAAACCAUUCGAGUGUGACAUUUGCAUGAAAACAUUUAAACGAAGAUGUCAUUUGAAGAGCCACAGCUUACGUCACACUGAAGAAAAGUGUGAAAUUUGCACGAAAACAUUUAACGAAAAAAGUGAAUUAAAGAGACACAAGUUACUUCACACUGGGGAAAAGCCCUUCCAGUGUGACAUUUGUACGAAAACAUUUAGACGAAGAAGUCAUUUGAAGUGCCACAAGUUAAUUCACACUGGAGAAAAACCAUUUCAGUGUGAAACUUGCAAGAAAACAUUCAAAUAUGUAUCGUCUUUAAAACUACACAAAUUAACUCACACUGGUGAAAAGCCAUUCCAGUGUGACAUUUGCUCUAAAACAUUUUAUCGAAGAUGUCAUUUGAAGAGCCACAAGUUAAUUCACACUGGAGAAAAACCAUUUCAGUGUGAAACUUGCAAGAAAACAUUCAGAUAUAUAUCGGCUUUACAACAACACAAAUUAAUUCACGCUGGGGAAAAGCCCUUUCAGUGUGACAUUUGCAAGAAAUCCUUCAAUCACAGAAGUGCUAUAAAAAGGCACAAGUUAAUCCACACUGGCGAAAAGGCAUUCCAGUGUGACAUUUGCUCUAAAACAUUUUACCGUAGACAUAGUCUUAAGACGCACAUGUUAAAUCACACUGAAGACAAACCUUUCCAGUGUGAAACAUGCAAGAAUUUUUUUAAAUAUUUAUCGUCUUUUAAACUGCACAAGUUAAUUCACACUGGCGAAAAGUCAUUCCAGUGUGACAUUUGCAUGAAAAAAUUUUGCCGUAAAGGUAGUCUUAAGAGGCACAUCAUGUUACUUCACACUGCAACACAGGCAUAUGAUUCUGAAGAAAUGUGUCGGAAAAAAUUUGAGAACCGGAAAACAUGAGGAAACAUAGUACAUGACACGGCGUGAAACAGCGGGAUGUCAGUGAGUGUCAGUGGGGCGCGCUGCGGGCGAGGGCUCGGCCUCCGCCUGUCCCCUCACUGCAGGCAGCGCCGGCGACGCACAGGCCGCGUUGUCGACACGCUCUCCUACACCCACAUACAAGCGACUCCACCUACACUAACCACCUCAGUUGCAAUUCUGACAUCGGCGCGGACGGUCGCUUUCUAGCGGCGCCGUCUGUAGCCGUCACGUGUGACUCACUACUGAGUGACCCGGCUGCUCAAGGACAGCGUCCUGUUGUACACCGAGAUGCCUGAAAUCCCGGCUCAAUUGUAAGCCUCGGAACAUUUUAAAAUGAUAUGAAAUCGGUAGAAAACAACUAUUUGGUUCUAUAUUUUUAAUAAACAUUAUUAUAUCAAAAUA